AUGAAGCUCUUCUACAUAUUAUUGCUGACGCUGCCUCUGAUUGCGUACAGUUUUCCCGCAGCUGAGGAAAAGUCAAUAUCGCUGGAAGAGGAUGUGGAUAACGAACAUGCAGAAUCAGAACAAGAUUCACAAAUACAAAAACGUUCGGGUAAUAGUUUUGAUUAUGUUACACAAUUGAAAUCAGGAUUAUUGUCCAGUAUCGGACAUGCGUCCGCAUCUAUAGCGUCGGGCAGUUCAGGCGGUAGCAGCGGUGGUGGCGGUGGUGGCAGCUAUAAAUCAAUAGAUGGACAUCACGGAAAUGCUGUUGAUUAUGAUCCAUGGUCCUUCAAAAAAUCUGUAUUAAAUACAAUUUUACAAGCAGUAAAAGCCAUAACUGGCGGUGUGACCGCCUUGAAGGGUCAACUUAUCAAAGGCAGUGGUUAUGCGCUCAGUGCUAGCGGUAAUAUUGUUGCUGCUGGUGGUGAAAAAGUAACAGAUGUGGGCAAAUCUAUUAUCAAUUCAGCACAAAUAAAUUCACAUAGUUAUGGCACUAGUCAUAACACUGGAUUUGUACAUCCAUUUGCCAAAUUCAGUUCGUUGUCAGGUGCGUCAUCUGGUGGUAGCGGCAGUAAACACUCAUCAAGUGGUCCAGUAGUGCAUACAGAGACGAUUACAACUUACGAAAUUCCAACUGGUCAUUCAAAUUACGGCCCACCAUCAAAACCGCCAACUUACAGUAGCGCAACGCACCAGUAUCUGCCGCCAGCCGGUCCACCUGCCGGUGGCAGCUACUCAGGUGGAGCACCAUUUACCGGCGGCCAUGUUGCAUUCGAAGCGCCACCAAAUAAUUAUUUACCAACGAGCUACGGACAUGACGGAUAUGAUGACUUCAACAUUUAUCCGCGACAUAAAAAACUAACUGACGAAGAGGCACGUAAAGCAGCUGCACAAUUACAAGAAAUACUUAAUCUUCUACCGAAAGGAAAAACAGAGUACACGGCUACGAAAACCGUUGCAUUAGAUGUGACAUCACCGGGUCAAGUAAAUCCAGAAAAUGUGAAUAUUAAUAGUUAUGGUGCAACAAAUGACUUGGGACCUUUAGAAUCACUAUCACAUACUGAAUCUAUUACUGCUGCAUAUGGAGCACCUAACAAUAAUCAAUGGCAAAGUAAUCCAUCAGAUAUUUAUAGGCAAAUGGCAAAGAAACAAACACCUGAAGAAAUUUAUUUACAAAACCACCCAAAUGAGGGUUACGAUUACAAACCGACAGCGCCACCAGCCGAAACUAAUGAUUAUAAAUAUGAUAAUUAUCAUGCUAACACUAAAAAUGCAUUGCAAGACCUAACGCCCAUAAUAGCUGCAUUAGAAGUAGCGAAGAAAACUGGUGGACCAAAUGUAAACACACAUUAUACAAUUGAGAAAAGUGUUGAACGUUUACCGGGCACAACAAGUGGACAGUUUAAAUACUUCUCUAAUCCCGUUGUGCAAACCUCAAAAUACACUUACUUUAAUCCAGCACAACAUAAUGGCGAUGUGAACUACCGUCCAGUAUAUAAUUCUGGACUGAAAGUGAGACGCCAUGUAGGGCAACCGCUGAUGAAAAUCAGACGCAACGGUACCGUUUUAAAUUUAAGAGAUUUUGAAAUACAGAAUCCGUUGGAAUUUAAUCGCAUGUUAAAUGUGUGAAUGUGAAUGUGAAUCGUGAUUUGUUAAUGUCUUAAUCCAAUCCAA